CAUAAAAGUAAGUGAAAGCCCCGACACAAAAACGAACACCACCACCCAAGAAUCCACAAACCUCCUGGACGUGCUCCUUUCCACCGCUGGAACCAACAUUUGGGAGUUUGUAUCCUUUGCCGAUCACCAGCGCCUCUUUUGUGUGUGCCGCGAUCUUUGGAAUCACACACCAACCAUACCAGAAACGACAUCACAACGGUUGCGCGAAGUGGAUUUGUUGCGGGCCAUUACCCGGUCCGGAUCCACGUACCCAGAACGUUUCUACCAGAAAAUGGCGCGCUACAUCCAGAAACGACACUACGUCGUGCGAUUUUAUUGUCAAGGAUCCGACACGGUGGUCCACUAUCCAACUCUAGCAGAAGGAUUUCGCGCCGUGCUCGAAGCUUCGGAAGUGAGCUUUCAGAACGAGUGGUUUGGUCGUCUCCCGGAUGUCCAUGUGCUGAAUGGUCGAGACGAGGACGACGAGGACGAGGACGACGAGGACGAGUCCUGCCACCACUCGGAAAGUGAAGAAGAAGAAGAAGAAGAAGGAGGAGAAUCCUGCUACUCGGGAAACGAAGAAGAAUCCUGUGACUCGUCGGAAGACGCGGAAUUGGAUGAUGAAGAGGCGAGCACAACAUCAACCACCGCAACCGCAACCACUGAAUCAGCGCCAACAAGUUGUGAAUCUCGAUUUUGCUGCUGUAGAGGAGAGCAGCUGAAUGAUCCUGCGCCUUUAUUAUUAUUGUACAAGUUGCCGAGUGGUCGAUUCUAUUGCGGUGCUUGUUUGGACCGUGAUUUGGGCUUGGCGCUCCGAUUCGCGCCGGGACGUGUGAACCAGGCAUACUACUACAUGGAUUGGGGUUGGGACGAACAUGAGCAUGCCUCGGAACAGUUUCAGGACAGUCAAGAGGACGACUCUGGAACCAACACUGAAAUCGUGGGUGGUAAUUACUGGCCCCUUUUGCUUUGGACCUGGGCGCCGUAUGCAAACCAAGACCUCUUUUUUGUGGGACUAAACGAGGGGGCUACCACUGGUGUAGGAGUGAGGGAGCCCCUAUGAAUUAAUUGUUGGAGCUACCAUGCAGGACAAACGAGGUCUUUCAACGCAAUUUUGCUUUGCCGAGACCGAAGCAUGCAACACCAGCCGGAGCGCUGGCCCCAACGUAGGGCAAAGCGGUCCUGGACUACAUCCUACAGUAUGUAGAAGAAGAGGACUACAUGUAGCUACUAGCCAGGACCUUCCCGAGCGGCCUCACACUAGUUCUGACCACCCGUAACGCUGACCCAGAAGUUGGGACCAACAGAUCUUUUGCUGCCUGUUGAUUCGCAAGAAUCUGACAAAGUUCUAAAAUGAAGUUGCUUCCUAUGGGAGCCUUCUAAUUUGCAAAGCCUGCCGCCCACCUCUCCAUAGUCCCAUCUAACCCAUGGUAACGCCUCUUCAAUCACUUCUUCUCUAUUCCAAGACACUUACGCAUCUUCAAUCACUUCUUCUCUAUUCCAAGACACUUACGCAUCUCAUCGUCCAACUCCUCUUGGGAUUUCUCUCUUUUGUCCGCCUUGACUUCAUUUUCACAUUGCGCUUUUUCCCUUUCAUAAAUUUUGAUUUUCUCUGCUGGGGUCAACUCCAGCAUUGCCUUCUGGGGAGUUGCGAUUGAAAAACUGGCUGUAACGGUUGCACUGUCUAAAGCAGGUAGUCGAUAGGGCCUAGGUACCCUAUGGCCAUACUUCUUUGGGUCUUUACUGCCACGCCAAAACCAAUACUCUUCGUUGCGCUCAUGGGCAUGCAUCUUUGGAGCGCCAUGGAAGUGCCAUGUUUGGAUAACUGUGCAACCAUUGACAUCCGUCGCUUCUGGGAGCCCUUCCAUGAGGGCCCAAAGUCCCGCAUUUUCACCACCAAUUUCAUUCAUUUUGAAGAAGGCAGAAUCACGCCUCCUGCUAGUCGCCCAAUGAACUGUUGGGCGCUUGAAGCUUUCAGGAUGCAGCCGACCGGCCACUAGUUUUCUGUGAAAGACAUAGGCAUCCCAGGAUUUUUCCCAUUCUCUGCAUCUGGAUGGAAUCUCCGUCUUGUACUCUGUAGAGUUUGUCCCAUGGAUGAAGAUGAAAUGAUCCUUGGUUGGGGAAGGCACCCUAUCCAUGUACAAUCCCCAGGUUGGCAGCGCCAGUACAGUAGUGAACUUGAUGUGUUUUGCCCAUUGCACUGAUUCAUCAAAUGCUUGAUCAGCAUUGGCCAAGAUAACAAUUUCACUGGUGAUGAGUCCAGGGUUGGUUGCAUACAUGAACAUGUCGAAAUAGUUAGGUUGGCCAACCCAAACGUCAACGCAAUCAAGGACUGCCCGCUUUUGACUCUUGUAGUCUGUAGAAUUCACAUCAAUUCCCAUGAACUGAUUGUAUUUGGCAGCAUGCUCUGCCAUUCUUUCCUUGAAGUGCAAACAGUUGCAACUGGUGGUGGCCCCAUCGAGGAUCACGACAACUUGCUCAAAGUAGGGAUUGUUGAGAUUGUUCAGGAUUGUCACUUCGAUUUCUAGGCGAUGCAAUGUGUUGUGACUCUGUUCUUCGGGUGGCUGAGCCCAGUAACUGGUGACGAGUGAGAGGCUUCCUGGUUUGGCAGGAGGGAGGAUAACAGGCUUUGACCCAUAGGAAGUUGGCACGUUCUGAAAGACAGGUUUACUUGCGAAAGCGUCUUGGAUUGGGUUCUCCGGUAGGCGGUAGGGACCAGGAACGUUCUGGCUCUUUGCCGCUGAGUUCUGGUGCCACAAACCAUAACGCCGCAUGUGAAAGUUCGGCGAAUCAUGAAGAUGCCAUGACCGAAUCACAGAGCAUCCGUUGAAAUCCAUUCCACCGACAUCACCUGCGCUUUGCAUAAGACCCCACAGAGCCGCCCUUUCGGCGUCUGGUUCAUUCGUAAGGAAAGGGCCCAGCUUCCUCUUGUUUGUAGUUUUGCGCAUGAAGGAUUCCUUGUUUACCCGACCCUGCAACAGCUUCUUGGGGAAGACAUAGGAAUCCCAGGACUUGGUCUCAUAAUCAUUGCAUUUGUAGCUGAUUCCAUUCUGGUACGCUUUGGAUUCGUUACCAAGAACAAAUCGAAAAUGUUCUUUGACGGGUGACGGUGUUGCAUCCUUGUGGAACCCCCAGGUUGGAAGUACCAGUACAGUGUUCCAUUUGAUGUACUUGGCCCAACCGACAGUGUCAUCAAAAGCUUGGUCAGCGUUGGCCACAAUGACAAUUUCGCCAGUGACAUGUUGUCCAGUGGCAUAGUUGAACAGCUCAUGAUAGUGAGGCUGGUACUGGAUGUUGAUACAAUCUAGCACUGGCAUUUUUCUUUUCUUCGUACUUUGAUGAUGAUAUGUGUCAUGGACAAGGUUGCUCCCCAUUUUCUCGUUGAAUUCUUGCUGCAGCUGGUUCAUGCGGUCUUUGAAAUGGGUACAGUUGGAUUCCCAGUUGGCACCAUCGAGGAUGACAAGAACUUGGUCAAAGUGAGGAUUGUUGAUGUUGUUGAGCAUGGCUCCUUCCAUUUCUUGACGAUGAACACCCUUCCUUGCCGCCGGUGAGUCGGCCCAGAAACUUGUGACAAGCGAGAGAGUAUUAUUAUUUUCGAUCAGAGCUUCAUUGGCGUUGCCAUUCAAAGCAGAGAGACCACUGGCAGAAGUUCCAGUGUCAACAUCAGUAUCAGGCUUGAUGUGUGGAGUAUCAGCAUUCGGCUUGAUGGGCUGAGUGUCAGCCCGCUCCAAGUUGAGACGGAUGGAAGUACUGGUAUUAAAGGAAAAAACGAUGCCUCCAUUCUUCAGCUGGCCAGACUUUGCAAUUUCCGAUGGGAACAGGAGAGCCAACAAGCUCAGCACGAUGCAGAAAAACCAGUAGCAAGCCCUUUUUCUGCUUCCACGGGGAGUAGGAAGAGAAAUUGGAGUUGAGCUCAUGGUCGUGUUGGCAUGGGGAUCGAAAGGUUGGAUAGUUGUGGCUGCAUUCGAGUUGGUUCCUCACAGACUGUCUCUCUACAUAUGGUGGGAGGUUGGUGGUUGGCGUACGAUGUAUGCACAGCCAGAAGAAGGUGGCGCGGACCAAAAGAGAGAAAAGGUUUUGUUAAAUCUCUGUAGCAGUUCGUGACUGAGUUUCUCACUUGACGCCAAUUGCCCUCGGUACUUGCACAGGCCAUAUGGUAUAAACGUCGCUAAAGCAUAUACCCUGUUAACCUAGGCAACAUUAUCUCUAGUUAAACCCAUUCGAAAGAGCACGGAAAACUGUACGAUACAUUUUCAAAUUUGAUGUAAACGUCCCUUUAUACCAUGUUGGGACGGCUUCGUACUUCUGCUGUAAAGAUUGCUUCGAAUCGAUCCACCAUGAGCAUAACCAACUUGUUGUUUUCGGCCGCUACAGACCAUCCAAAGCUCACUCUAAGGUGACGAAUCUCUUGUUCAUAUGGUUAUUAUUAGUGGAUAUACGGUACCUAAUAACAGGAGAAGACUGACUGAAAGUUGGAAGAAGAUCGGCACGACCACAACAACAUUUCUUCAGACUGAUUGCGCUGAUCCUGUUGCUGAAACCGGACCUUUUCCUGUUUGCCAUUUGCCAUGGUUAGAACUACCAGUAUUGUAAAUAGAGAGUUUAUCGUCUGUAGAUUUAGCGUAAGUCUCUCUUGUUAUGUUGUCGUCGUUCUUGUCAUCUUGAUGUUGGUUGGAGGCCCAAACUGUUGAGGUCCAGCCUGGCUGACGAGCUGACGAGGCAUGGACGAUCGAGGAUGACUCGAAGAACUAAACCGAAGGUUCUUGAGCUGAAGAUCUUGUCUUGGGAUGCUCAGGUAGACUAGUCCUGGUUGUGACUGAUACCCCGACCCAAGCAGUUCUUCCAAGAGGUUUCGGCGCGUACGGUACCGUGGUGGUACGGUACGGCUGUACGACUGUACCUCUUCCGCGAUGGUGGUUAGACUAACUAUUGUACUCCGAUGAAUGGGGUAAUACAGGCACAACUCCAUCUUCACUUUUUUGCCCGCAAGGAUUGAAUCAUUCGAAUCGAAUCUUCAAUCCGAUUUCAGCAGGUCGGAUUCCCUGAUUGCCUGGCAGUUCUCUGCGAUGGAUUGCUCGGCUGCUUUUGGAAGGCAAACAGGCGAACAGUCAUUCCAAAUUUGCUUCCCACUUGUAGAUGAGAAGAAUGGUUGGCAUGCCCCAGCACCGCAGGCAUUAGGACCAUCAUGCAUUCUCAUCAUGCAUUGGAAGCAGAAGCUGCGGGGUUAGCUGUACCGCAGGCAUGUUCCACAGUCUGGCUAGCCAUCUCACCAGCUAGUAGCUAGUGAGCCCAAACAUGAUUCUCUGGGUUUUUGGCCAGCCAAACCGAAAGCUUACCAGUAGUCAUUCCUUGAUGUGCCAAUGGCCAAUCGUCCUGUAAUGCAGGUUUGAAAACGUUGAGGUGGGGAGCUGGUGGGAGGAGGAGUAGAAAACUUUCAGCGAACUUUUGGUAAAUUUCUUUUGGUGAAGAUUCGAUUCGAGAUCAUUCUUCGAUGGCACUUCGUAGCGUACGGUACGGCUGUAUGGUCAUACCUACUUUACCAAGGGAAUAUAUAUAAUACAGUACUGUAUACAGUAUGCUUUAUUGAAAUAGUGACAAUCAGUUAGUUUUGUUAUGACCUGCAUGUAUUGACGCGACACACGACAGGACAGAGAUGUAACAGAUGUUCUAUUGAUGCGAUGCAUACAAAGAGUGGUUUCUUUACUGGACAAACCUGAAAGAUGGAGUAAUUAAAUAAAUUUUCAUUUAAAAUGUUACCUUACCUACCGAUACGUUUAUUUUCAGAACACGGACUCAAGAAAAACGACCGUCUGACAUCAUUGAAGUGGGUUAGAUGGUGCAUCUAUGGAAUUAAGAGCUGAUUCCGUGCGGUAGCUGUCGUGAUGUCCACUUGAACUGGUUUUAUUGGCUUUGUGAUCUGAUUGGGGCGCUUAUUUCCUUAAACUGCUGUGUUUAGCGGAAGCUAUGGGUACGACGGACAUGAAGCUCCACUCUUUUCUAGCCAGAAUGAAAAUAAAUGCAGGAUUUACCUUUUACCGGCAUGCAGGUCGUGUACCGGUACCGUACAGUCGUACUCGAAUACGUCAUAUUUUCAUUUGAGCUGGACUAUUUGUCUGCACUCCAAACCUACGUUUAAGAAGGGUGAAAUUUCAGUGUUGCUUCCUUGGGUUUUCUUUCCUCGCUGCACAGUUUCUGGACCCUCAGAUUGUUUCUUACACAGCAGCUAGCUAGUAGCGAGAUUUCAACAUACUGGUAGAAGUUUCUUACUUUGACCAAGACUAAAUAAUAAUGUAUGUGGCCAGAAAGAUAGAUGGUCAAACUUACGAGGUGUACCCAGCACCUGGCAUCAUCCGGUUUUGUACUUAGUAGUCUGCCUUCUUACUUUACGGUCAUCAUGUGUGCAAGGCCUAUUGCCCGAUUCGAGAAUUAUGGGGUAGCUGCGGCUGUAGGCAUCUCGGAUACUUGAGUUUGACGCAGACACGAAUGCGGCACCGUCCAUCUGCUUCCAACGCCAAAAUGCCAGCUAUGCCGCUCAGCUCGCUUCAGGGGUUCUCAAUGUAUGUGUGCUCAACGCUGCAUGCGGCUAUUUAUUUUCUGUGCUCUAAAAAUGUCGCGUCAACAGUGUCAAAUAAUACUGUACGUCAAUACCAGUACCCCAGUACUACUACUACUACUGCUACUACUAGCUAGCUAGCUGGCUCUACUAG